AUGGAACAGGGAGAUCUAUCGAAGCUUCCACCGCAUCCUGACCUAGAGAAGACCUUCCAACUUGAUGGCUAUCUCCGAAUGUAUGAAACCGAAAUUAAGCGAAGGUAUGGUGUCUUCUAUGAAGUGGUGACAAAGAUCGAGAAAUUAGAAGGUGGGCUUGAGCAGUUCUCAAGAGCUUAUGAAACAUUUGGUGUGCACCGUCAGAUGGAUAACUCCAUCACUGUCACAGAAUGGGCACCUGGUGCUGCCGGCAUAUACCUUCGAGGAGACUUCAAUGACUGGCAUAUUGAGGAGAAGUACGCUUUCCAGCAAGGGGACUUUGGUCGGUGGCACUUGAAAAUUCCUGCAGACACAGAUGGUUCUUGUCUGAUCAAACAUGAAAGCAAACUGAAGCUUGGUAUGAAAUUGCACAACGGCCAUGUUGUUGAUCGCAUCUGUCCAUGGGCACAGCUGGUGAGGCGUCCCAAAAAUGUCCCAAUAUUUGAGCAGAUCUUCUGGGACCCUCCGCAGGUGAUUAAAUAUAAGUUCAUCAAUCAUCAUCCUCAACUUUUGGGUGGCCUGAAGAUCUAUGAAAGCCAUGUUGGAAUAGCAUCAUGGGAAGGCAAAGUGGCAACCUACAAACAGUUCACACAAAAUGUCAUUCCAAGAAUCGUGGACCUGGGAUACAACGCCAUCCAGCUGAUGGCAGUCAUGGAGCACGCAUACUAUGCUAGCUUUGGUUACCAAGUGACCAGCUUUUUUGCUGCAUCCGGCCGCUAUGGCAACCCAGAUGAGCUGAAGGAACUGAUAGACGUGGCCCACGGGCAGGGAAUUGUUGUUCUGUUGGACGUGAUACACAGCCACGCUAGCAAAAACACGGUGGACGGACUGAAUCAAUUUGAUGGGACUAAUGCUUGCUACUUUCAUGACGGUGGGCGAGGAAAUCAUGAUCUCUGGGACUCGAGGCUCUUUAACUACAUGGAGUGGGAAGUGUUACGUUUCCUGCUGUCAAACGUCCGGUGGUGGGUUGAGGAGUACAUGUUUGAUGGUUUCCGUUUUGAUGGCGUGACAUCCAUGCUCUACCACACACAUGGCAUGGGUCAUGGCUUCAGUGGUCACUACGACGAGUACUUCAGCUUGAACACAGACACAGAGUCUCUGACCUAUCUCAUGCUGGCCAACCAUAUGUUGCAUUCUCUGUAUGCUGACUUCAUUAUUACAGUGGCAGAGGAAGUGUCUGGAAUGCCCAUGUUGUGUCGUCCAGUGCUGGAAGGCGGUGGUGGCUUUGACUACAGGCUGGCAAUGGCCAUCCCAGAUUUGUGGAUUAAGAUCCUGAAGGAAUCCUCGGAUGAGAACUGGAACAUGGCCAGUAUCACACAUACGCUAACCAACCGCCGCUAUGGAGAGAAGUGUAUCGCCUAUGCAGAAAGCCACGACCAAGCUCUGGUAGGGGAUAAAACUAUUGCUUUCUGGCUGAUGGACAAGGAGAUGUACACACACAUGUCCAAGCUGAGUGGACCGAGUUUGAUCAUUGACAGGGGCAUAGCUCUACACAAGAUGAUCCGACUGAUCACUUUAGGACUUGGUGGAGAGGCAUAUCUGAACUUCAUUGGUAAUGAAUUUGGACACCCAGAAUGGCUGGACUUCCCUCGCUAUGGCAACAAUGAAAGCUUCCAUUAUGCCAGACGUCAGUUCAACCUUGUGGAUGAUGACAUGCUGAAAUAUCGCUUCCUCAACAACUUUGACAGGGCAAUGAUCCAUCUGGAGUCCAAAUAUAACUGGCUCAGCCACAGCCAGAACUAUGUCAGUUUGAAACAUGAAAGCGACAAGCUGGUCGUCUUUGAAAGGGCUGACACGUUGGUGUUCAUCUUCAACUUCCACCCCACAAAGAGCUACACGGACUACAAGAUCGGUGUCCAGGUUGCUGGUGUCUACAAGAUAGUUCUAGACACAGAUGAUGAGGAAUUUGGUGGUCAUAAGCGGCUUGACCAUAACGUGCAGUUUUUUACAUUCCCGAACCCUUGGUGCAGCCGAGCAAAUCAUACAUAUGUGUACAUACCCAGCCGAUGUGCCUUUGUCUUAGCUAAGAUUGACCAAAUAGCGACUUGA